CAUGGGGUGUUGUCACUGUACAGCCAAGAGUUCAGAGGCUGAUGAGGUGGUACUAGAGGACAAGAAUAGCUUUCGGAGAUACGAGGUCAAAGACUUAACAACUGAGUACCAUGAGCUUGAGAAUAAGAUUAGAUGUCAAAGAAUUGCAGUGGAUAGUUAUUCAAAACCUCAGAACAGUAGUUUCAAACAUUGCUUCUCAUAAAUCCGAGCUAGAGAAGUCAGAUCCUAAGAAGUUGAGGAAUAAGAAUACUUUUUAGUUCAGCUGAAAAAUCAAAUAAGAUUAAUGAAAUAUCCCAUUAUAAGCCUAAUUUCUCUGCUAUUAAUCCCUAUAUCAAUUGCAAGAAGCAAUAUGAUCACCUCGAAAAGGAACUUGAGCACUCACUGAAACAAGCUCAGGAAUUACUGGGGAAACCCGAAGAGCAAAAAUCGAUCCUUGUCGAUGAAUCAGCCAAUAGAGAAGACAGAAUCAGAUAUGAGGAGAAUAUCCACCAAGAGUCUGAAGAUAUAGACAGACAAGUGUUAUCCUCGAUCGAGUUCAAAACUCUUCUUAGAAAUCAAAUAAGACUAUGAAACUUUGUUUUGAGGCUCUAGAUUUUAAUUUUGAUAAACACUUUAAGGUGCUGAAAAGCUUGGACUCUCUGGUACUUCCCAAUCUAAGAGAGUUGAAGAUCGAAAAUUUAAACCGGAGAAAACCUCCGGCUCUUAAACGUUUUCUGAAGAAUUCGUUCCCAAGAAGAGUUGAGAACCUGUUUCUAUCAUUUUUUAGAGCAAACUCUAUCAACAUGGACAAGUACCUCAGAGAGAUCCUACAUGCUAGCUAUAAGGUACAAUCUAUAAUUGUCAUUUGUUGAAUAGAUAUUAGCCUAAGAGCAUUGGUAAGGCUCUUCUCAGCAUGCCGGAACAAGGAGCAAGUCAUUUUUGUGGAAUGCUAUAUUGAUGUCGAAAAAGUACCAGACUUUGGGCAUUCCCUGGAUGGAAGUACAAUUAGUUCGAUAUCAUUCUUAUCGUGAAAAAUAUAUGGACAGCAAGGGAUCCGUUUAUCUGGCUUCUCCAAUUUAGUUGAAGGAUUCUCCAAAUCUCAAGAUUUUAAGAAAUCCUUGAAGACAAUUUUAGUCUCCCAAUCUGUUCUAAGAAGACCUUAUUGAAAUAUUCUGUCAGAAUUUGGAUUUGAUAAGACCAGUGUUAGAGUUAUUAAAUAUUAAGAUGUCACAUUCAAUUGAAAUA